AUGUGUCCGGAGCUCUUCGCUGAACGCCGUCCAAAUCUCAAUGUUAACUCACCCAUCUCGGCGGAGAAGUCAGCGUGGGAGUUUGUGGCUGGCACAUUCGUCCACGAAUUACUCCACGUUAUAUCCGAUGACUUCAACGAUCGUGUGUUUACUGACCCCAAUGGAGUGAGAACGCUUCCGCACGGGCCACUAGCAAUAUUUGCGAUCCCGAAUCAAAUAGGGGCGAGUGGAGGAAAGGUCUGGAAGGCCAACAUUGGUGCCGUCACGACUAUCAAUCAGCCUAGCGGAUACCAAAUCUUCUCAGAGGAGUGUCAGUAUCCCGGUACGAAGUGGUCCGUUGACCAACAACAGUAG